CGAUGAUCGCCAAGCUCAAGCUGCGGUGCGGCGCGCAGUUCACCUCGAAGCUGGAGGGCAUGGUGACCGACAUGAACCUGUCGCAGGACAUCCAGUCCGCCUUCGCCGAGCACGUCAAGGACAAGGAGCUCGAGCUCGACACCGACCUGACGGUGCAGGUGCUCACCACCGGCUUCUGGCCACAGUACAAGUCGGACGAGCUCAAGCUGCCAAAGGAGAUGCUGCAGUGCGUCGAGACCUUCAAGGCCUUUUACGACUCGCACACCUCGCACCGCCGGCUGCGGUGGGUGCACUCGCUGGGCUCGGCGACCGUGGUGGGCAAGUUCACGGCCUCGGGGAAGAGCAAGGAGCACGACCUGCUCGUCUCCACCUACCAGGCCUGCAUCCUGCUGCUCUUCAACGAGGCGGACUCGAUGACCUUCUCCGACAUCCAGGGCCACCUCAACCUGCCCGCCGAGGAGCUCAAGCGCUACGUGCUCUCGCUCUGCGGCGGCAAGUACAAGAUCCUGACCAAGGAUCCGGCCGGCAGGGAGGUCGCGCCGACCGACACGCUGAGCUGCAACGCCACCUUCUCCGACCGCCACCAGCGGAUCAAGGUGCCGAUGAUCGCCCCCAAGAUGACGCAGGAGGAGAAGGACGCGGCGCUGAAGCAGGCGGAGCUGGAGCGCAAGCAUGUCGUCGAGUGGGCGAUCAUCAAGGUGAUGAUGCGCGAGAAGCGGGUGGAGCACGAGGGUCUGGCUGAGCAGGCGCAGGACUGGAUCAGAACGAGGCCAAGCACGGGCUUUCACAUGGCGAGGGAUUACUUCGACGCGAUGGUCGUGGACCUCAUCCGCCGGGAGUACCUGGAGCCCGAGGCUCCCGAGCGUCCUCCCGGGAGUGGCAGCUUCUACAAGUACCUAGCUUGAUGGCUCCAGCGGUGGCCUGACUGACUGAGCCUUACGAUCCGUCCGGACAGCAUUCGCCGCUGACGUACGUCACGUCGAGACGGUGGAGGUCGAGGGCCUCGCGUACGAAGUUGUGGACGGAUCCGAUCUGUGACGUACGAUCCCGUAUAUACGUGCAUGACGGAAAUCGCUUGGC